UAUUGAUAUACACGUGUGCAUACUGUUGUAAAUAUGUUUUGUUUACAAAAACUAUGUGGCUCUCAGUUCGCUCAAGAGCUCACCACUGCUAUAAGGUCCUAAUUUCAAGGUAGUUAGAUUGGGCUGUUCAAGCAAUGGUUGAACAUUUGGUUUCCAAUGAAACUUCACUAACCAUGGGCUCGGUUUCCGAGUGCUUAUGGGACGGGGUGUACCGGUUUAUCGAGUUGGUUUUAUCACUAUUUUACAUAAUGGUUCCCCAGAGAUACACUUAUGACGACCCUUACCAGGUGCCCGACUAUGAAGUGACUGUUAUUCCAGCUAUCGCCUUUAUAUUCACGAUCGAAUUGGUCACCCGAUUCGUACAACGAAAACAAUUUCCAAGAUAUCCAGAUAUGAUAAUUAAUAUAUGGUCAGCCCUCAUAAAUACAUUAGCCCGCAUAUUUCUGUUGACAAUUAUAAUAAGUAUAUACACGUGGCUCUACACUAACUACCGUAUUGUGGACUUACCCCUGCAUUCCGUGUGGACAUGGAUCAUAUCAGUGCUAUUAGUGGAUUUUUUGUAUUACUGGGUUCACCGGUCCCUCCAUGAGUUCAACAUACUGUGGGCGGGUCACCAGUUUCACCACAGCCCUACCGACAUAAACGUAACCUCUGCGCUCCGAAACUCCAUUAUCGACAUGUUUGUACAUGAUACAACAUGGCUCUCAUUAUCCGUCGUAAUACCGCCUCCACUACUUGUGGUACACAUACAGUUCAAUCUACUCUAUCAGAUUUGGUUACACAACGAAAUUAUAGGAAACAUGGGUUUCAUUGAAUACAUAAUUAAUACCCCGCGUCAGCAUCGGGUACAUCACGGGAGGAACGCCUACUGUAUCGAUAAGAACUAUGGUUCACUUUUCAUGAUAUGGGACCGACUGUUUGGCACCCAUCAGGAGCCCAAAGAGACCCGCAAAAUAGUGUUCGGAGUCGUGCCGCCCACACCCAACUCCUUUGACAUGAUGACCCUUCAGUUUGGACAUUAUGGACAUGUUUGGCGCAAAUUUAAAACCGUUGACGGGUUGACCAAUAAGGUGUCAGCAAUUUUUAAAGGGCCGGGAUGGGCGCCGGGCAAACCAAGACUCGGCUUACUUAGCGACAUACCAGAGCCCGAUGCGACACUUCCCCGUUAUAGCUACGACCCGUACAUAGCCUUCUGGAAAAUGGUGUACACGGGAUUCCAUGGGGCGGUUGUGGCGAUCGGAUUUUACCGAUUUGUCGAUCAUCCAAAUAUAGUAGGCCUAACACUAUUAAAUGAUAUUUGA